AUGGAUUUUUAUUUGGAGAUUGACCCCGUUACCUUGAAUCUCAUCAUUCUGGUAUCUAGCUAUGUCAUUCUGCUUCUGGUUUUCCUGAUCUCCUGCGUGCUCUAUGACUGCAGAGGGAAGGAUCCCAGCAAGGAAUAUGCUCCCGAGGUCCCUGCAGACAGCCAGCCCCCGAUCCGGCUGGUGGUGAUGCAGCAGGGCUCCCCUGGCACUCGCUGGGCAAAGGGGCUCGUCUCUGCCUACGAGAACCCUGCUGAUCUGCCUGGGAAAAGGACUACAGUGGUGUGA